AGGAGAAAUAUGGGUUUCACUGAGAAGCAAGAAGCUUUAGUUAAUAGCUCAUGGGAAUUAUUUAAACAGAAUCCUAAUUAUAGUGUUUUGUUCUACACCAUCAUAUUGAAAAAAGCACCCGCAGCAAAAGGAAUGUUCUCAUUUCUUAAGGAUUCGGCUGAAGUAGUGGAUAGUCCUAAACUUCAAGCCCAUGCUGAAAAAGUUUUUGGAAUGGUGCAUGACUCAGCUAUUCAACUUCGAGCAUCAGGAGAAGUAGUUGUAGGGGAUGCAACAUUGGGUGCCAUUCACAUUCAGAAGGGAGUUGUUGAUCCUCAUUUUGUGGUGGUCAAAGAAGCUUUGCUAGAAACCAUAAAAGAAGCAUCAGGAGAAAAAUGGAGCGAAGAAUUGAGUACUGCUUGGGAAGUUGCCUAUGAAGGAUUAGCAUCCGCAAUUAAGAAGGCAAUGAAUUAA